CAGAGGCAUAAAGACCACCAGAAGGGGUUGCAUUGAGACAGACUAUUCAGCUCUCAUUGAACCACAUAUCUCUCUCAUCUUUAACUAUCACGAUGAUCUGCAAAUUCCUUGUUGCUUCUUUCAUCAUUGGCUCAGCCUGCGCAAUGCACCUGGAAUAUCUGAAAGUUGACUCUGCUGAAGAACUCUUUGAUGAAACUUUGGAUUCAGUUGAUUCGAAUGAGGAUUUGCCAAUGCCUGAGGGACAGCUCCCUGGUAUGUGUUGGGCUUGUACGUGGGCCAUGAAGAAACUGAAGGCAGAAAUUAGUGGCAAAGCAAAUGCAGACAUGGUUAAAGCGAAAGUGUCAAAGGUCUGUAACUCAAUUGGAUUCCUGCGAAGUCUCUGUAAGAGAAUGAUAAACAAGUACAUGGAUGUCUUGGUGGAGGAACUUUCUACCACAGAUGAUCCAGGAACGAUCUGUAGUAAUAUUGGCAUUUGCAAAAAUUACAAGUCAGUGGGAAUGCUGGAAUUCAUCCAAGCUUUUGCUCCAAACUACAAGAAGAUCUGAAGAUCUGUGAAAAGAGGAAAUAAAUGUUUGAAUUAAUUAUUACCAAGUCAGCUUUUGUAAACCAAUAAAUAUAUUUGAAAUUAACAAUU